AAUUAAUUUGAUUAAUUACAGGUUCUCAGUAGACCUUAGCCAGAUGCGUUCCCUUCGGCUAUUCUUCAACGAUGAUAAUUGCACGUGUGGGCAACUCGUAGUGGCGUCUAGAGAGUCGCAAUAUAAAAUACUUCACUUUCACCACGGUGGGUUAGACCAUCUGGCCCAAGUGUUGCACAGAUGGCACUCAUUGCUGCAUAACAUUAAACUUACUCCAGGUUCUGAGGCCCAACUUGCCGUAUCGUCAUUUCAUGGUGUGCCGUCCUGAAGUACAGAAAUCUGAGCAACACCCCGAAGAAGGAAAACUUCCGAAAAUCACUCCAGAACUAUUUUAUGGCAAAGUCAUGAACGGAAAAGGUGUAAUAGAAGACGAUUUGUUUCUAAGGAAAUGCGUCUUCUUCGGAGGUUUAGACAAAGAGUUGAGAAGAGAAGUUUGGCCAUUCCUGUUACAUUGCUAUCCAUACAAUUCGACAUAUGAAGAAAGAGAGAUAAUACUUCAAAUUAGAACACGGGAAUACGAAGAGAUUACACGAAGGAGGCUUGAAAAGAUGACUCCAGAACAACAUGCGGCGUUUAGGAAAACAAUACAAUGCGUGAUUGAGAAAGAUGUUGUAAGAACAGAUCGUGGGAACCCAUUUUUCGCUGGAGAAAACAAUUACAAUGUAGAGAUCAUGAAGAACAUAUUGCUGAAUUAUGCUGUAUAUAAUCCUGUUUUGGGUUACACUCAAGGCAUGAGCGAUUUAUUGGCGCCGGUUUUGUGUGAGAUAAAAUGCGAAGCGGAGGCAUUCUGGUGUUUCGUCGGUCUCAUGCAGCGAGCGAUAUUCGUAUGCACACCAACAGAUAACGACAUGGAUAAUAACCUUAGUUAUUUGCGAGAGCUGAUAAGGUUAAUGCUGCCACACUUUUACAAACACUUAGAGAAACACGUGGAUGCCAUGGAACUGCUGUUCUGCCACCGUUGGAUAUUGUUGUAAGUAUCAUAAUAUGCAUCGUUUUAUUGUCUGUGUUUCGCAGCCCUCGUUUUCAUUGUUCGACACCAUGAACCAUUAUUAGUAAGCCUGUCGUGUGUCUGAGACAUCUAACC